GCUGUGCAGCAGGGGGUGUGGUCACCGUGCGUGUCCCGGAAGUCGGUGUUUUCAGUGUUGUUGGGGUGUGAAGAGAUCACCUUCCCUACCUCUCUGUCUGUCCGGUGUCAGGAUGAAUGAGCCCUCCGCCCCGCUCGGCUCCCCCCCGGUCCCCGCCUUCCUCAUGAAGCUCUGGGCGCUGCUGGAGGACCAGAGGAACAGUGACGUCAUCACCUGGAGCUGGGAUGGCCAGAACUUCUGCAUCUUGGACGACCAGCGAUUUUCUAAAGAAAUUCUGCCCAAGUAUUUUAAGCACAACAAUCUGUCCAGCUUUAUCCGCCAGCUGAACAUGUAUGGCUUCAGAAAGUUGAUGAGUCUGGAGAGCGGGCUUGUGAGAUUGGAACGCGCCUCCGCCAUCGAAUUCCAGCACCCCUUUUUCAAAAAAGGAAGAGCGGAACUCUUAGAACAUAUCAAACGCAAGAUCUCAUCUUCCUUAAAAUCUGAAGACACUCACCUAUCACAGGAGGAUCUGCAGAAGGUCGUUGCUGAGCUACAAGAACUAAAAGAUGGUCAAAACAAUAUGGAUGCAAAAUUUGAAAACAUGAGGAGGGAAAAUGAAAUGCUUUGGAAGGAGGUCUCGUCACUCAGAAGGAAACACAACCAGCAACAAAAACUUCUUACAAAGAUCCUUCAGUUCAUUUUGAGCCUAAUGAGAGGAAACCUUGUAAUGGCGCCAAAAAGAAAAAGACAACUGACGCUGGAGUCCACAUCGUCUCCUCCCCCUCCUCCGAAAUACAGUCGAAAUGUUUUGCAGCUUCCUGAGGAUGUGGAGGAAGAGGUUCUCAUUUCUUCCCAGCACUCUGGCAACUCGGCAGAUGACAGUCUGCAAAUCCAUGAGAUUUUCAGCCCCGGAGAAGGCCCGUCCGAACCCAUCCUAUACACUGCAGAGCAAACAAAAGACAUCACAGCCCAACCAGCGACACCCAUCGCAACAGAGAUCAAUGACGAAUCGGUGCAGAAGAUUAUUAUUAAUGAUUCAGUUCUGCAGCUGCGGUCUUUGGCUGAGCAAAAUCCGGUUCCCAGUAGCUCCACGGGGAAAGAGGGACUAGCGCUGGAUUUGGUACAAGCGAACUCCAAUGAGGAUGCAGAUAGCAUGAUCACUUCUAUUCUGAAUGAGAAUGCAGCCAGCAGCAAUGAAUUGUUAUACCGAGAGGAAAUCCAGGACUUCCUGAGCUGCAUUGAUGCUAGUCUGGAAGAGCUACAGACUAUGUUCUGUAUAAAGAAACUCAAUGUGGGUGAAGAUAUUAUUGACGAGCUUUUUAAACCUGACUUGUCAUCCUCAGAUAAUCCCGUAACUCAUCCCAACCCCAGCACAGCAAAUGACCUGCAGGGAAAUGAGGAUGACGCUGCGUUAAGGAUCAGCAAUGAUGAUUUGAACAAAGACAAGCAGCUGAUGCAGUACACAGGAAACCCUCUGGUCUCCCUGUUCGAUCUCCCUUCGGGCGACUAUGGAACAGACGCAACAGACCCAGGUAACUUGCUGACCGCGAUGGGAGACGACGCAUACGUAGGCUGUUCAGCAAUGCAGAAUGACAGCGUUCCAGGGUCCAGCAAGGAGCCAGACCUGCUGGCGGAAGAUUUUAGCGCCCCCCAGGAACCUUUGUUCGUCCUUAGCCCUGUCAACAAACUGAUCGACGAAGCCGAGGAACUCUGAUUGUAGGGACGCCAUAUCCAACGCUUUUUGUGUCAAGUGAUCAGCUGUUCUACGAAGAUUUUUUUGAAUUAUGAACUGUUCUUACUCGGGGGUUGUAUGUAAUGCAAUAAGGUUUUUGUCAUAGGAAAUUAAAGUAUUUUCUUCAAUUUCUA